AAUAAUAAUUGUAUUUGUAUCUCCAUUUCUUAUGCAACACCCACUCCGUUGUUAUCUUCCCUCUAUUCUAUUCUAUAUUCAUCCAUCCACUCUUCUUCAACCUUCCUUUCUUUUCUUCCAGAUCUCUCCCACCCUUUUCUUCAUCAUCUACCAUUUCAAUUUCAAGUUUUCAGUUGAGACUUAUACACAAUCAAGGAUAAUGUUUGGGGGAAACAACAAUGUAAACCGGGUUCUUCCUGGUUUUGUAGAUGAGACUCAGAUUCAGUAUCAAAAUAAUGCGGCAAAUCAGUUGCAGUUGUUUGGAAAUUUACAAGAUGGAUGCAGUGUUGAUCUGGUUAACUUUGGAAAUGAGCAUAUUGGUUCCAUGACUCUGCCUAAUAAUAAGCGAAGCAGGGAUUUGGGAGAUAUUUCAAAUCAGCAAAGGCUUCAAAUUUCCUUAAAUUACAAUGCCCGUCAAGAUGAACUCGGCCGAUCAGCAAGUAUUCCAAACCCUAAUCACGUUUCAACAGGAUUGAGGCUUUCGUACGAUGAUGAUGAGCGCAACUCAACCGUUACUUCUGCUAGUGGCAGCAUAACUACCACACCUUCUAUCAUAUUGUCUCUUGGUGAUAAUAUCAGAACCGAGCUUGAUCGGCAGCAAGAAGAUUUGGACCAGUAUAUCAAACUUCAGAAGGAACAAUUGUCGAAAGGAGUACAAGAUAUGAAGCAAAAACACAUGACAUCUCUUGUUACUUCAAUUGAGAAAGGCAUUGGUAAGAAGCUAAAAGAAAAAGAUGUUGAAAUCGAAAACAUGAACCGUAAAAACAAGGAGCUAGUCGAGAGAAUAAAGCAGGUCGUUGUUGAGGCGCAAAAUUGGCACUAUAGAGCAAAGUAUAACGAAUCAGUUGUCAGCGUGUUGCGGAACAACCUUCAGCAGGCAAUUUCGCAUGGAGUUGAGCAUGAACUAAAGGAAGGAUUUGGAGACAGUGAAGUUGACGAAGCUUCCUCGUAUAUAGAUCCUAAUAACUUCUUGAACGUUUCAGGCGCGCUUAUGAAGCCUAUUUACAAAAGCCACCAAGGAACGGAGAAUCUUUAUUGCAGAGCAUGCAAAGAAAAAGAGGUUUGCAUGUUGAUGAUGCCUUGUAGACACUUGUGCUUGUGUAAAUAUUGUGAUGGAUUUAUCAAUGUUUGUCCUGUAUGCCAAUUGGUAAAAACCGCAAGUUUCGAGGUUUAUCUGUCUUAAUAUUAUGACGAAGGGUAAGUAUUUGAAAGCAACAACAAUGGAAUAUAUAAACUUGUUUUUCUA